AUGGGUCAGCAGUCAUUGAUCUACAGCUUCGUUGCAAGGGGCACAGUAAUUUUAGCUGAAUAUACAGAAUUCACGGGGAAUUUCACAAGAAUAGCCUUUGAAUGCCUGCAAAAGCUGCCUGCUUCAAACAACAAGUUUACUUACAACGGCGAUGGUCACACCUUCAAUUUCCUCGCUGAAAAUGGAUUCACCUAUUGCGUUGUUGCUGUUGAAUCUGCUGGGCGACAAAUUCCCAUCGCCUUUCUAGAGCGUGUUAAGGAUGAUUUUAACAAGAGAUAUGGAGUGGGGAAAGCUGCAACUGCAAGUGCCCAUAGUCUGAACAAGGAAUUUGGGCCGAAAUUGAAAGAGCAAAUGCAGUACUGCAUUGAUCAUCCUGAAGAAAUUAGUAAACUCGCUAAAGUCAAUGCUCAAGUUUCCGAAGUUAAGGGAGUAAUGAUGGAAAAUAUUGAGAAGGUUCUUGAGCGUGGAGAAAAGAUUGAGAUUUUGGUCGAUAAAACUGAGCAUCUCAGGGAACAGGCAGACUCUUAUAGGACAACGGGGACGCAACUGAGGAGAAAAAUGUGGGUUCAAAAUAUGAAGAUUAAAUUGAUUGUGUUGGCUAUCAUCAUAGCUGUGAUUCUCAUCAUCGUUUUGUCUGCGUGUGGGGGCUUUAGCUGUUGA